GAUUAUGCGCCUUUACGCUAUUUGUUAACCUCCAAGAAGAAGAAGAAGAAGAAGAAGGGGGAAGAAAGAAGAAGAAGGCAGUCGUAUCUGUUUUCUAAUGUUUAUUAGACCUCUUUACGGCAAUGAGGCCGUUUUAACCGACCAAGUUUUCUGUAUAUAAUGAAGUCUGAGUGAAGCCGGUUGCCGUGUCGAGCUAAUAGCAGGAGUUGUUGAGCAGUACUAGUUACAGCUGAUCUAAAAUGUACACUUUGUUAUCUGGAUUGUAUAAGUAUAUGUUUCAGAAGGACGAAUACUGCGUGUUGAUUCUGGGUCUGGAUAACGCAGGAAAAACGACCUUUCUGGAACAGACCAAGACUAAGUUCAGUAAAAGCUACAAGGGAAUGAAUCUGUCCAAAGUUACAACAACAGUUGGUUUAAACAUUGGCACAAUUGAUGUUGGGAACGCUCGCCUAAUGUUCUGGGAUCUGGGAGGCCAGGAGGAGCUACAGUCUCUGUGGGACAAAUACUAUGCAGAGUCUCAUGGAGUCAUCUAUGUGAUUGAUUCAACUGAUGAAGAGCGUCUUUCAGAAUCAAAGGAGGCCUUUGAGAAAAUGAUCUGCAGCGAGGCAUUGGAAGGUGUUCCACUCCUUAUUCUUGCCAACAAGCAAGAUGUACCGAACUGUUUGUCAGUACCAGACAUCAAAACAGCCUUCAGUGACUCCGCACCAAAGAUCGGCAAGAGAGACUGCUUAGUGCAGCCGUGCACUGCCCUCACAGGGGAUGGUGUGAAUGAAGGCAUUCAGUGGAUGGUGAAGUGUGUGAUGAGGAACAUUCACCGGCCGCCCAGACAAAAGGACAUCACCUAAACUAUCGUUGACUCCACACAUUUUGGAAGUGGUCUGGGUUUUGGACAUAGACAUUCCAUGCGAUCCCUUGAGUUAAUGACAUUCUUUUUUUUUUUUAUUGAACGAGUUUGAAGUUUUUCUCUUUGAAUUUAAUUGCAGUGACUGAGCAGGUUAACCUUGCACUGUGAACUCAGGAUGAUGUAUUGCGUAGAGAUCAAUAGCCUACUGCAGUCAGUUUAGCUUCAAAGACAGAACAUAAACAUUGAUAUGUCACUCCUAAUGUAAAUACAUAAAGUUUUGAUUACCUUAGGCA